AUGGCUCAUUGGUUCCACAGGAAUCCGAUUAAGACCAGCAGCCCGGUUAAAUUUGAGUUGAAAGCAGUUCUGACGAGUGAAGAGAGCAAGAAUAUUUGCGGCAAACUUUGUGCCGCUAGGAUGAAUUUGUUAGAAUGGUUCACUGAUGCAAGUUACGAUCUGAAAAAAGUCGACGAUGAAUUCAACCACUAUUUGGCGUUAUUCACCGGUUUUCUGAUGACUAUAGGGCCGUCAGGACCCGAAAUUGGUAAAGCAAGUAAGUUGGCUCCAGUGAUCAAAUUCAGAUGGACAAAUUCUAUGCUGGGAUCGACUGCGAUAGUGUACAGCGAUACUUGGUUUGAGGCGUUGAAUAUGAUUAUGAAUAUGGCAUUAUGGCUGACCAAACAUGCUGCGUGGGUAGCAGCUAAAGAUGAAGUUCAGGAAACUGAAGCAAAACAGGUGCACACGGCUUUAAGGCGUGCCGCCGGAAUGUUUCAGUUCGUCUCCGAGAACACUGGCAAAAUUGAUGGAGGAUCAUCGAUAGCUGGAUCAGAUUUUGAUCCUGCGGUGUUACAAGCAUACAUCCAUCAGUGUAAGGCUGAAGCACAAGAGAUCACAGUUGCGAGAGCCAUUGAACUGAAGCACAGUCCAAGAUUAAUCUCAGCUUUGGCUAACCAGACCAGUCAAUUUUUCACAAAAGCCGAUACGAAUUUGGAUAGGUUGGACGCAGAGAUAUUCGGUAAAUGGCGUUUGUAUGUGCAGUUGAAAGCGCAGUUCUACCUAGCUUAUGCGUAUGCAUUCUUGGGUGAAAGUGUAUUGGCUGAGCACAAAUGUGGCGAAGCGAUGCGUGCUUGUAAAGAGGGUAUUUCGUGCUAUCAGGUAGCGAUUGAUUUCGCUGAAAAAUACUCAAAAGCUAUUGGACCUGGUAUGCAAGCACAACCACAACAGCAUCUAUUCUUCCGACGAAUCGAACCACUGCUCAAGAGACAUCUGGACAAGGCUGAACGAGAGAAUACGGUAAUUUACCAUCAGAAAGAAACCGACGAUUGUCCAGAACUUGCCGAAAAACCGACACAUGGUCUUGUCAAGCCUGAACCAUUCAAUUUACCGGCUCCAGAUAAGGGAUGGAACCUCAUCACUUAUACAUCAUUCGAUCUUUCGAAAGCAACGAUGCCAGAUUUCUCGAAGAUUAGAAAAAGCAGCAAGAAACUAACACCGGUUCAUGAGAAGAAACUCUACGCGACCGAUCGUGAUCCGGACAAUGACAGUGGAUGUGUUCUGUCCUGA